GUCGAGUGACGGGACGUCUGUGGACUGCACGUGCAGUGUUCCCUACACCGUUUCGCAGGGGUCUGGUCGGGCAGCGAAGCCGCAGCCGCAGGUGGUGGGCGCGGCGCUGGGUCGUGGUCGGUGUGCAUGCAGAGACUCUGGCCAGAGUCAGAGAUUGGCGUUGACUGUUGUCAUCAAUUCGUCAGUGAUUUUAAAUAGGAUGGAGAAUGCUUUUCCUGGAUUUAUGAUGGAUGACUGUGAGGAUGGCAAAUAUCUUGAUGACAAGAACUUUGAGCCAGAGGCCUUUCCUCCUAUUGAAGAUGACUGCAUGCAUUGUUUUGACUACAUAGAUACCGGUUUAGAUGUUGACGAUGAUGAUGAGGAUGGAAUGGAAGAUGCUUCUGAGGAUGGUGCUUCUGAGCAAUGGUCAAAGGAGCUCCACAGUUACAAGCCAGGAGACUUCGACGGUCCUACCCCUGGACCAACAAGAACCCUUGAGGCUGCAGCCAAUGAGCUGGACUUCUUCUACUUGAUGUUUCCUCCUUCGUUGAUUGAGCAUCUAACCCAAGAGACGAAUCAAUUUGCUGAGCAGCAGCGUAUCACCAACCCUGACAUUCCAAGUUGGAAACCAUUGUCAGUAGACGAAAUGAAGGUCUUUCUUGGAAUGCGGAUCUUCAUGAGUAUCCCUUUCCCGCAUGAGCUAGCUCUCUGGGAUUCGUCCAACCCUCUUGGUACAAUUUGUAUGGCAGAUGUAAUGAGUAUGGAACGCUUCAGGGAUAUCAGUGUGAACUUUUGUGUCAAUGAUGAAAAGAAGCAACCUCCUGAAGGGGAUGCCAACUAUGAUAAAUUGUAUGAAGUUAGACCAGUGAUAAAUGAAGUCUUAGCCAAAUGUUUGAUGGAGUAUAACUCUCAUCAAAGCUGCUUGAUUCAUGCCUCCCAUAUAUCAGACAAUCCUGGAUUUAUUCGCCGCUGGAAACCGUUUAACAUGGAAGUAUUGAUGAGGUCGGACUCUGUAAGUGGAUACUGCUGCGAGUUCUUGGUGUACGUCGGAGAGGUGAACCAUGAAAAUGAGGAUGAUGAGCCUCAGCCUGAAAAGAGGUUUCCAUCACGGAUGGUCUUGGAGCUGUGCCAAAAGCUCAAAGGACUCAACCAUAUCAUCACCAUGAGUAGUUACUUCACCUCACCUAAGCUUAUCAAGACACUACUCAGCAUGGACAUCCUGGCCCGUGGUACAGUUACCAGGAAACUCAAAGGGUUUCCAAACACCCUUCUCUCUCAGACUCGUGUCGUAAAGCAAGGCGAAUCCGCUGUUGCCCAGCAAGGCAGCACGUCUGCUUAUGCCUAUGCCUGGCAGAACCGGGAUGUGAUCAAUCUCAUAUCCACGGCAGAUGACCCAACAGCUGUGUCAUCACUUGAGUGGGAGCGUCGUGGAAAGAAAAGGGCAGUUCCCUAUCCUGGUGUCCUAAAAGAGUACAACAAGUGCAUGGGUAGAAUGGAAAAGCUAGAUAGGUCAAGAAUAGAGUGUUCCACAGCAAGAGUAAGUUCUCGGUGGUGGGUCUACCUCUUCUGGUGCGUGUUCGACAUUGCCAUUUUGAAUGCAUUCGUCUUGAUGAGAGAUUCCAAGGCCCACCAGAGAUCUGCUCCAAAUGGGAAGCGUAAGACCCUGAAAAUGUUCAAAUUCCGACAGAAUCUGAGCAAGCAGCUCAUGUAUCAUAAAGAACAUGUGGGUGAGAAAUAAAAGGCCAUCAUUAAUGUAAUCUGAACCAUUGUGCUAGGAUUUGGGGAUUUCUGUAUUGGAUACUAUAGAAGAUAUUAAAUCAUUUGAUUUUUUCAAAAUGCUAGUGAAAGAAGAGGAACUAAUUUACUCUCUACUCAGCUUCCAAAUUCCUGUUCAAUCUUUUUUGAUCAGUUUGCUUAUUUAAAGUUGAAUCUCUUUUUAGGAGGAUGAAAACCUUGUAACAAGUUUUAGCCUGUGUGAAAACAGAAGAAUCAGAGAAUAAGAUCAGCAAAGUUUGAGAACAGGUGGAUAAACAAUAAGAAAGUUAUGAGUAUUUGAAUGUUGAGAUCACUAUUUCCAUGGAGAUCCCCCAUUUGCAAUCUGACCAAGAUGUGUUUUGUCUAAUUGUACACGGAAAACACCGCAAACCAACUAUUUUUGCACAUUCUAAUGAUAAGACAAUUCGUCCAUGAUGUAUCAUGUGAAACCAGUGGUCAUGUCCUCCCAUGAAAAGUACAUGUUAGCCUGAUCGGUGGAUGGAUUUGAUGAAAGAUUUUAAGUAAAAUAAGGAUUAUGUACAUAAGUAACAAAAUAAGUGGGGAAGUUGUACAAGUGUAAUAUCACACUUCUUGGUUGAAGUGCCUAUGGGAAGAUGUCCUAAACAUCAAUGAUCUCAGCAUUCAAAUGCCAUAAUUUCUUAUUGUUUGUCAAAUUGUUCUCAAACUUUUGUUGAUCUUAUCCUUUGAUUUUCCCCAGUUGUUAGCUUGUUCCAGGGGUUUCAUUCUUCUUGAACACCACAGAAAUCUGUAAAAAAGAAAGGGCAAAUAACACAUGCUUUGCUUUUGUUAUAGUAUUGCUUAGUUUGACUAGGUGACUAUUUGACUUUAUACAUUGUACACAGAAUCAAAUUAUGCAUGUAUACUCAAUCUUUUUCCUUGACAGAACAUGUAUGUACCUUGAAUUCAUUUCAUCUUGAAUUCAGAAAUGUGAUGUGGAAUUCUGAUACUUAUAUGUAAUUAGUAGGUCAAUUUUGUUUUGUGAUGUGAUCUUGGUGCACAGUAAAAAUGGUAUUUAAAAUUGUAUACACUGCUGUUCGAGUUCAUAUACGUAAACUAUGUUGUAUGUGCUCUGCUGUACUAAACAGCGUUUUUGGUGUAUACAUUUACCACAUCCAUCCACUUGAACAUGGAAGUAAUUUCAUCUUGAACUAUAUAAGAAAUGUGGUAUGGAAUUUAGAUAUCAAUUUGUGAAUGUUGGUGAUACAUACAUGGAGGUCAAGGCGAAGGUGGUUUUGCAUUUGUGAUGUGAUGUGAUCUUGGUUACCGAUUUUCAUUUGACACAUCUUUUUUUUUUAAUGCAUGUUUGUGUGUCUUUUUACCAGGGUAUUUUUACAAUUACAGUGCCAAAUAUGUGGAAGGAUUUUCCUGUGUUUAAUAGAAGCAGCUUCGUCUAGCUUGGAGUAAAUGGUUUUAUAUAAACAUGUAGUUUUGUGUUGUAUUCUAACUCUUUGAUAUUAAAAUGUACUGUAUUUUUUCAUGAGAUUGCCUUUCAAAAAGAUUGCCUUAUAUUUAUACCAGUAUUUACUUUAACAUAAAAGCAUUAUUUUGUUGGUGAAACUGAAAACUGAAAGUUUAUUUGUUUUUUAGUAAAUUUUUCCAUUCAUUAGUGUUUAGUUUUCGUAUGCUCUGAACAUUAAUAUUCAUAUUAGUGCCAAAUGACAUUGAAGUUUUUAGAAGAUGUUUGCAUUUUUGUACAUCGUCAAAUAUGUAUUUUUGUAUUCAAACACUUUAUAACAUAUUUAAGUUUAAUAGGAUUAUGGAAGUGAGAUGCAUAUUUGCCAUAUAAUGAUGUGCAUCUGUGCCAUAAAUCACUUUUUACAAACACAAUAAAUAAUUCAUACUACCUUCCUUCUUUUCCUCCCAUGUUCAAUUGUCUUCCACAUUAACAUACAUUGUUUAUAUAUUUUUUUAUUAAAUCGUGUAUUUAAGAGAAGCGGAUUUGAUAUGAAGUGUUGCUAUAUGUGUUCUUGGUAAUGCAACAUUUUCUCUUACGGCUGUUGCUCCUCCGCUAAUUCAUCUGAAGAUAUCAAUGGAGUAUGAGGGUUUUGAUAGGGCUUUUGGUUCAGAAUCAUGUGAAGAUUAAGAUAAGGUUUAAGGCUCAGGUUUCAGUAGGACUACGAGCAAUUUGUUACAGGAGCAAAUAUCAUUGAACUGUAUUCUCCAAAGCAUGUUUUUCAUAUCCAGCCAUUUUUUCCAAGCGCACUGUAUUAGUUUUAAUGUAUAAAGAUUAAAAUGGGAAUUCAACCUCUGUACUGAAAUGAAUUUUGUGAAAUAACUAAGAUUUAAAAAAAAUGAUGGUGAAAAUCUGCAAUGAGUCGGACCGGUAGAGUUUGUGGCUGUUUAAAAAAUGUAUUAAUGAUCACAAAUUGGCAAUUUGUCAAUUGAGACGGAGAGUAUUAUGGUUGGAAUCACCUUUAUUGUCAUAUC